GAUCUCCAUGUUACCAACCCCAAAAAUAUUACAUAACCUCAUUUAUCUGUCAUUUCGUCGAAUGUUUUGGUGAGAUUUGCGGGUGAAACAUGGGGGCCGCAUUUGGUUAUUUUCCCGAAAGUGGGUUCAAUCUCUACUUUCAUCCAGAAGUGACCCCUGGACCGAAUGAAAAACCGACUUUUGACCCACUUCUUGGUUUUGAAAAUGGACGUAAAGAGCGAGUCAUGAUCGCUACUGAGGAAGAGAUGAGGUCGGCAAAAAUACCACUUGAACAUCGGGAUUAUUGCGCUCAUCAUCUCUUGAAGUACCUCAGUUGUCGAAAAGACAACUGGCCUUGGGCGGUCAACUGCGAGCAUGAAAAACACGUCUACUCACACUGCAAAUACGAGGAUUACGUGAUCCGUAUGAAGGAGUACGAGCGCGAACGCCGCUUGCGUGUCCGUGAGUACAAUAAAAAACAGCAUGAAAUAGCAGCUGCGUAAGCUCUAUAUUUCAACUGGUAGGUCGUUUGUAAAUAAAUUCAAUAAAAUUAGAAAAACAAA